CGCUGGGGGCCCGUGGAGCCUGAACGGCAGCAGAAGGCAGGGGCCUAGGGACCAUGGGGGGUGGCCCUGGGCACAGAGCGGGGUUAGCAGCGUCCAGAGAGCCCCAGUUUUUGGCUACUGGACCUAGGAACCAAGAAGGAGCUGUCAUAUGGAUCCUGGCCAGGGUCCAAAUCACAUAGGGACAUUCGGAUGGCCCGGCAAGAAGCCUCAUGGGAAGGCACGCCUAGCUUGAGGGCGAAGACUUGAUUACCUGGCCUUCUGAAUACCUCAUCCUUAUCAGAGGCUGUAGCUGCCUCCUUUCUCCCUGGACUGCUCCAGGAUCUGUUCUUCCCUGCCCACCCCUGCUACUAGUUUGUGGCCCCAGAGGGGGACUUAGGUGGCUUGCAGCCUCAAAAUUCAUUAAGCCCCCACAAACAUCUCACAGGAUAGCCCUGCCGAUGAGGCAUUGCUGCCUAGAGUUGGAGUUAGUCACCUCCUCCCUCCCCCCUGAUCCCAGAAGUACUGUUGGACAUUAACCUAAACCUAACUGAGGAAUAUGGAAGAAGGCAAGUACAUCGCCUCAACACAGCGGCCUGACGGGACCUGGCGCAAGCAGCGGAGGGUGAAAGAAGGCUAUGUACCCCAGGAGGAGGUCCCAGUGUAUGAAAACAAGUAUGUGAAGUUUUUCAAGAGUAAACCAGAACUUCCUCCAGGGCUGAGCCCUGAGGCCACUGCUCCUGUCACCCCAUCCAGACCUGAUGGUGGUGAACCAGGCCUCUCCAAGACAGCCAAGCGCAACCUCAAGCGAAAGGAGAAGAGGCGGCAGCAGCAAGAGAAAGGAGAGGUAGAGGCCUUGAUUAGGACUCUUGAUAAGGUGUCCCUGGGAGAGACAGCCCCACUCUCCAGUGCUCUGCCAGGCUCCCAGGCAGCCCCUACAGCUGCUUCUGACCCGCCUGACUCAGCUGCCACCACUGAGAAAGCCAAGAAGAUUAAGAACCUAAAGAAGAAGCUUCGGCAGGUGGAAGAGCUGCAGCAGCGGAUCCAGAGUGGGGAGGUCAGCCAGCCCAGCAAAGAGCAACUGGAGAAGCUCGCGAGGAGGAGGGCGCUAGAGGAGGAGCUAGAGGACUUGGAGCUAGGCCUGUGAGGCCUGGGGAGUAGGGAAUGGACUGCAGAACAAACUGUGGGGCUCUCUGGGGUCCAGAGGGGUGUGAGUGGCCACAGUCAGGAGGGGCGUCCCCUACCUGCUCACUGCUUCCACUUUUCACGGCCCGCCUCUGUCCUCCAGAGCGUAGCCUCUCCCUCACUCCUUCCCUCCUCUUCCCAGCUCCUAUUUUUGGACUUUCUCCUUCCCAUUCCCAGCAUUCAGAAUCUCAGUGACUUCCCCAGAUACCUGAUCUGGGUAUCUUGUUUAAAAGAAAAUUGAGUGAGUGGGAAGCUGGGAGAACCAAGGUGGAGGUUGGAGGGGUGCACCCAGUCUUGGAGGAGUCCUGAGUCUUGGUUCCUCUUCACAGUGUUUAUGAGUUAUUUCCUUGUCUACCCUUAACCUCUUUUUUCUUUUCUUUUUUUUUAAAGAACAAAAAUAAACUCAAGUAGACAACAUGUAUGUCUGACUUUGCCUUUCUUUUCAGCUCCUAGUAGCUUUCCCAUGCCCAGCUUUAAAUUUUGAGGUAGGGUCUUGCUAAGUCAUUAAAUUGAUCAGGCUGGGCUCUACCUUGCAAUCCUCAGUGUGCUGGGAUUACAGGCAUGCGUCACUACAUCUGGCUUUUUUCCCCCUGCUUUGGUACUGGGGAUUGAACUCAGUGCCUUAUACUCAAUAGGAAACUGUCUUACCACUGAGCUGUAUCCCUAGUCUAAGAGAGUCUGUCUCUCUCCCUCC